GAACUCUCAGUAAAUAAACUUUGUGUCUAUAAUCAUCUUUCUAGAGUCCUGCCGAAGAAUCUUUCCAGGCUGAUUGUGCAUUUGUAUCAAUUUGUGUGACUUGAGCCCAUAAUGCCACGAGGCACGAGCAAGAGUAAGAGUAGUGGAAUGGCAACUGUCCCCUUGAAACGAAAGGACAAACGAACCAGAGCCUAUUUCCCCAAGACAAGAACUGGUUGUUGGACUUGCAGAAAACGUCGAGUCAAAUGUGACGAGAAAAAGCCAGAUUGUUCAAGGUGUGAGGCCUCGGGCUUCAAAUGUGAUGGAUACUCUGUAGAAUCAUUUUCACAGGCUCAUAAGCGCGCGAUUGUUGUUGAGAAAUCACAGCCAAAGAGAAAAUCUAGUGCAACUCAUCGUGCUAUACUACCCUCGAAAGGUCUGAUACUUCCAACGAGCAAUUCAUAGCUACUUCAUGUUGGAGAGUCAUUUGUCGAGUUACUGAUGUGAAAGUAGCCCCCAAAGCAGCUCGUAUAAACAUACGAGUCCUGCGACCAAGGAGUCCCAUUUUCGAGACCGAACAAGAAUACCGGCUAUUUUGUUUUUUCGCGGAAAACACUACACGAAGGCUAUGCGGAUUCUUCGAAUUGAAACUAUGGAGUCAUCUGAUGUUGCAAGCUGGCGAACAAGAACAGCCAAUUCGGCACGCUAUGAGUGCUAUAGGAGCUCUUGAUCUAAUAUUGCAAAUAAAAGAGCAAAAAUCAUACUCGCCAAUUGCAAGGUCAAUAAUAGAAGACCAUCAUAUUUUUGCUAUCAAACAGUAUGAUAAAGCAGUGAGGUUGAUGAAGGCAGAUAUCACCGAACGAGGCCAUUCAUUAAGAACAGCUUUACUAUUUUGCUUGCUCAUUGUAUGCUUCGAGAAUCUCUAUGGGGCACAACAAUCCGCCACUCUACACAUCAUAGCUGGGAUUCGUUUAAUAGAAGCAUAUCAUCACGAUCAUACAUCUGGUAGCGAUAUCCCCCAACUGAAAAAGUCUGAAAAGCCUGAUGCUCCGGUAGAUUCUGUUACUUUCGGUAUAUCUUCUCCAGUGCCAAGCGACGUAGAAGAUGAGAUCUAUCAGGCCUUCGGCUUACUAGAGAUCGCUUCAUUGAGCUUCAAUGUGGAAGGUCGGGGCAUGGCUUAUCACAUGUUAGCUAAGGAUUCUGGAUCCUUGUGUGUAAAGAAUAUGCCUUCGCGUUUUGCAUCUCUCCCGGAAGCAAAGGCCUAUUGGGAUCUCAUCAUGCGUCGUCUUUUGCAUCUUUUGCCCACACUAAAUACCGCACAAGCAACAAUGCGCGGCUACGAGGAUAAUAACGAGACAGCUAUUAUAGCGAAGCCUUCUUCAACUGUGAUUGAAGAGAAAGAAAGGUAUCUUGCCGAAUUAAUUUCUUGGCACGAGGCAUUUACACCAGUGUUCCAAAAAUGCCUUCUCUUCCCGAGCAGUAAAGAUUUUGCAGGUGCCACGAUCCUAAAAAUGCGCUGGAUUCUUUGUCGCAUUGCCAUAAACUCCGCAUUGAUCCCGUCGCAAGUCGCUCUUGAUCAGUACUUGGAAGAUUUCCGUGAAGUUCUUAAUUCAGCAAAAGGAUUAAUGUCUCAUCCAGCAUGGACAGGAAAAUUCACAUUUGAUUCUGGAAUCAUCGGUCAGAUUUAUGUUGUUGCACUCAAAUGUCGAAACUAUCCGAUUCGAUCGGAAGCGAUUUCAUUGUUGUUGUCGGAGUCAUGGCGCGAGGGAGUAUGGGAUAGUGCUGUGGCUGGCAAUGUUGCUAGAGCAGUUGUGGGCUUGGAAGAGGAAGGUCGAGAAGCUGGGUUCAUACCUGAGAGGAAGAGAGUGUAUCAGACCUCUAUGCGAUUCGAUCUACAAAAACGGACUGGAACAGUGAAAUGCUUUAGGAACUCCAGUAACCCGUCCGAAAGAGGGUCUCCUAUCACGAAGAGCAUCAAGUGGUAAAUCCAUGAUGAAUGGAGAUCAUCUCUACAAACUAUCUGUUUGCUUGAGGCUUACGUGAAAACAAAAACCAAAAGGGUACCCGCCAAUAACAUAAUGGAUGCUCAAUCCGGAGUUGAGUUGGACUUUAGACCUUUAAUUAUGCGCCAAUAAAACUGAGUACCCAUUCAAGAUACAGUAUAUGACCCGCAUGAGGGCGAUGAUGAUGGAAAGCGCUACGAGUCGGCUCCAGAAAUUAGCCGACCCCAUAGAUAUAAUUCUAAAUAUGGCAAAAAUUCUCGAAUUGCCCUUUUUUAUGGGAACUGUAUUUUAUAUUGCCUUCUCACCCAAGAAUAGUCUAAGAAUCACUAGUUGUGGAAGCCCUUUGUUAUAAUUUCAUGUUGAUAUGUUGAAGUUUGGCUAUAGGUGGCUACCUGGAUGCUACACAUGUUGAAGAAAGAACAAGUAAUAACCAUGUUAUAUAUUUUCA